AUGUCGGACCGUACUAGUCUUUCAGAUAGAAGCCAGGAGAAAGAUAAAACCAGUUUCUCGCCCCCUAUUACGCUUCAAGUUGCCUACACCAAUCCCGCAGAUGAAGCACAUGUAUGCCAAUUCGAACGCAGGUUCCAGUAUGAAGAUGCAACGGCCCCCUUUCACAACACUUUUACUUACACUAUUCGUGCUACCAGUGCAUCACAAGCCGGUUCCACAGAAGACAGUCCUGCAGCAGUCUACCUUCGAAAGAAAAGGGCGGAAGCAAGUUCCAUUAUCGAGAGAGCCAAGCGUAGAGCUAGACGUGGAAUAAAAAUGCCCAAAAAGACAACACUUGGUGACAUGAUUCUCGCGACGAGAACAUAUAUAAAGAAGCAAAACAAGGCUAAAUUCGAAAUGGAAAAAUAUAGGAGGAGACUUGAGCAGACAAAAAUCGAGAAGGCAAAGAUCGAGAAGAUAGAAGCUGAGGAGGACGAAACGGAAGAGGAAGACCUCGAUCCCGAUCAGAUAGAAUGUGAUGAUGAACUCUGGAGCCAAAUGGUUACAAUUUACAAAAUCUUGACACCCGGACCUUCGCCCAAGAAACGCAGGUUUGAUGGUCAAAAAACGCGGUCUGCAUGUGAUAAUCACUCUACGACCCAUACUCUGUUGGUAAAAGAUGGUAACAGACUCUCUAUCACCAAGUGCACAAGAGCUGACCCUUAG